AUGGACGACGUAGGGACCUCGUCGCUCUUUUUCCACUCGAGCGGCGGGCGCCGCUCGGACGGGGAUGCGGGCUAUAGUGACCGCACGCCGCACCUCGCCGAGUCCCUACGUUUGAACGAUGCAGAAAUUGAAUUUUUCGACGAGGUGGUCGACGCGAUCCGCCCGGAUUCGUGCAGCUUUGUGGAGCUCAAGGACGCGUUCAACGACGCGGUGGGCGCGACGGCGCACCUCGACCGCGUCGCACGCACGCUCCCACCCGGCGUAAAGGACCGGCGCAAGGCCGCCGAGCUGCGCCUAUGGAACUCGCUGCUCGCAAUGGUCCAAGUGCGGGGCGAGUCGUGGGCCGAGCGCUGGGAUACCGUGCGCGUAUUGCUCGGCCUGGAUCCUCGGGGGUCCGACAGCGACGCGUCGCUCGACAUGCACGACAUGUCGGCCGUGCUUGCGUCGACGUCGUACGCGCCGCGCUCGUUUGCAUCGAGCGCGUCGUACGCGCCGGAUACCUCGCGGUCGUACGCACCAGAUACCUCGCGGUCGUACGCGCCGCAUACCUCGCGGCCGUACGCACCGGGACCCGUGGCGACGUCGCGCGCGUCAUACGUCCGCCCCCUCUCGCCAACGCCGUACACGCCUGCGCCGUGGCGGCUGCAAGGCUCGCCGCCAUUGGCCGACGACCACGCCUCUAGCGAAGGAAGCGUAUCGGACGACGACGUAUGGGCCCAAGACGCGGACCGCUCGACGCGGGACCUCGACACAGUCUGGCAGCCGGGCGCGUCGGCCGUGUCGCCGGUGCGUGUCGGCCUGGCGCCACGCCUCUAUGAGCGCGGGCGGCGCACCAGCACUGCGCUGGACCUGCCGUCGCCACGGCAGAAACGCGCCUUGGCCAAGGCCGCGCACUUUCACAACGAGCACACGCUUACCGCGUCCCUCGGCCACUGGCAGCGCCGUGCGGCCGCCGUACGCAAGCGCUACGACCUGGCGACGCGCGUCGACCACCAGCGGCUGCGAGCGCACGCUUGGGCGGCAUGGCACGACAAGUACGCCGGCCACCACCAAGCCCUUGCGCACGCGGCGCAGUACGCGGCGCGUAUGCGCGUUACGCGCGCCUUUGACGCGUGGGCUGCGCGCCUGUCGCAGCGAAAAGCCGAGCGAGACACGGCGUACGAGCAGGCGCUCGCCGCUGCUCUAGACGCCAUCGUGGCGCGGCGCAGCCAGAGUCUCGAGCGCCUGGCAUGGACCGUCUGGCGGCAAGGCCACGCGCACCGCACUGCCGUGCGCUACCACGACGAAGGCGUGAUGCGCGUCGCGUUUGCCGUAUGGCGCAGCCGCUCCGACGGGGCACGCGAACUCGAGCGCCGUGGCGAGGCGUACGCACGCACUCUUGCGGCCCAUGCGCUGCAGCGUGCAUGGGCGCAGUGGCGCGGCCGGACCACGGCGCACACCGACGUGCACCGCGCCGCGGCCUACUGGCGCCGCGGCCAGCUGCAGCGCGCCUGGACGCACUGGCGGCGGCAUGCGCGGCUCGCCGAGAUUCGAAACACCGCGGCGGGGCGGCUGUACGCGGACCAUUCGCGGACGCGUGUGCAUGCUGCGCUACACUACUGGAUUCUACGUGAGCGCGCCGCGUACUCGGAGCGGGUGCGCAAUGCACAGCUCGUGCGCACCGUGUGGAACGUGUGGUGGGUGCGCUUUACCGAGCAGAGUAUCGCGAGACAAGCCGCUCUGGGCACGUUUGCUGCGAACAGGACCAGGACCACGCUCGGCUCCGCGUGGAAUGCGUGGAAGCAGCGGCAAGCGCACUGGGAACACGAGCGGAUGCUGGCCGCGCGUACGCGCGACUGCCGUAUUGUCGGCCUUGUGUGGCGCCAGUGGCGCGCGCGCCUCGACGUGCGCCGCAGCGACCUGGCGAGCGCAGCUACCCACUGCAGCGCGCACCUCGUGCGGCGCGCAUGGGCGCAGUGGCGCGCCAUGCGUCAGCACGCCCAGGCCGCGCGAUUCCGGGCAGAGAGCGACCGCGAGGCGCUUCGCCGCCAUUUGCAAGCGUGGCGCUUUCUCCGUGCGGAGCGGUACCACUGGCGCACCUGUACCGCGCUGUUGCACGCCAAAACCAGUGCGCGGAUCCAGCGGGAGCAGUUGGCGCACUGGCUGCGGCGUACGUCAGACGUCCAGGCGCUUGUGCGGCAGGCCGACGGCGUCCACGCCGCCGUGCUCAUCCGCAAAGCAUUCUGGCAGUGGAAGGCGAUUCACGAGCGCGUCCAAGCGCUGGACCACGCCGCGGACCGCGCGGUGCAGACGCGCGAUCAAGCCCUCGUGCGGCACGUCUUUUCGGCCUGGAGAGAGCGCGCUGCGCAAGCCCGGCGCGAGCGUGCGGCGCUCGCGCAGUGUGCAGCGAUGCGGCGUGCGCGGCUGCAGCAGCGUGCGUUAGACGCGUGGCGCGACCGCCUCGCGGGCCGCCGUCUGUCCUACGAAGUGUAUGUGACGCUCGCUGCGCGCUGCAAAUACGUCAUGCGUCAGUACUUUUCCACCUGGCUUGCGCGCACGAGCGUCCAGCCGCUUGUCGACCUGCGCCAGAAACGCCUGCUCGUGCGCGCGCUGCGCCACUGGGCCGCGCGUGCGCGUGCAAAGCGCGCCGCGUCGCUCGCCGCCGCGUCGCUGCAGCGCGAUGCGCUGCGUACGUGGCGCGCCAAGACCGAGUACAUGCGCGAGCUCCACAACAUCCAAAAGCUCGAGGGCCACCGCCGGCGUGCGUCGAGCGACUUUCGGCACCGGCUCGUGUUUGUGCCGCCUACGGCGCGUUUCCGCGCAUCCUAG